AUGCGCGCAAGACCACCAAGCAACUCGGCGGCAUUCGUGUUCGCCCUUGCCCUCACACUUCGGGCCGCGGUCGCCCAGCCUGUGCCACUCGGCGCUGAUGAGACCGCAUCGCUUUACACUGUUGUCGACGAUGAGACGGGCGAGGAGCGCGAGAAGGGCCUAUCCAGCGGCGUCAUUGCCGGCGUUGUUGUCGCUGCCGUGCUCGCGUUCUCGAUCCUCUUCGGUCUCCUGUGGUACAGGCUAGACCGUCAGUCACCCGAACGUCAACGUCGCGCACCCAACCAAACUCCACGCCGCCAAUGGCCGUGGGCAGAUGAACCGCAAAUGCGCUCGGCACAAGUCCAGACUCAAGCUGGUGUCGAGGGCUGGACAGUGAGCGACGCCGUAAUCCCGCGCACAUCAUCUACGUCGACGAACAACUCCACCUCGUCUGGCAGCCGCACCGUCGUCGGAUCUAUCUCGUCUACCAAGCCCGUCAAACCCCCCUCUCCCUCCCUGCAUGGAAGCCGCUCACGUGAGGCGGCCGGGCCCGACGACAGCCACACCCAGUACAUCCAAGUACACCCACCGCCCAAGGCCGUGCUUGUCGGUCCAGACCAUGGACGGAUCGGCGAGUGGUGCUCAAAGACGGCUGCCAAGAUCGAGGGUCGCCCUGUAUCUCGCACCAAGAGCUGGAAGAUGGGCGACCCAGAAAAGUGCUCGCCAGACCCGUUCACGGCGUAG